CUUUGGAAAGGACAGUACAUCCCACGCCGUGGAAAGAGUGCAUCAUUACGAUUUUCAUCAUCUUGUCUGCGUACUCUCUGACAUUAUGAAAACGGACACAUGUAAAGAAGAAACCCGCUGAGGACGAAUUUAUUUGGAAACAAACUUUUGGAAUUUCCUGCAACUUUGGGACCACUGCCAAUUCUUAAGCCUGUCUUGUCCGUAAGCUGUCAGUUGUCUUUAUACUUCAACGUCAAACAGAAUGUACUGCCACAAUCUGGUCCUUUUUGUAUUCUUGUAUUCCCACGCGCUACUGAUGAUGUGCCUGCCACCAGCCUCAGCGCAGAAGUCGAAUGGUCCUCGGUGGCUUAUAGGGGACAGAGAGAGCCCAUGUUCCCCUGCGUGCUCCAGGAGUCACGGCAAGCCUGUGUGUGGGUCAGAUGGACGCAGUUAUGAUACCAACUGUGACCUGGAGAGGGCGAAAUGCAAGGACCGCACGCUCACCCUCGCCCACAGGGGCCGAUGCAAAGGUAAAAACUGGGUGAGGAUAGAUCCGCCUCUUCCUGCACCCACACUUGUUUCAGAGGUCAAAGAGUUGACAGAAGCGGGCCAGACGAAAUGUCGGACUGAGAGGAUUCAGGCUUUGGAACAGGCCAAAAGGCCACAGGAAUCCAUUUUUAUCCCAGAAUGCAAUGACGAUGGAACAUUUGCCCAGGUCCAAUGUCACACCCUCACAGGAUACUGCUGGUGCGUGACGACAGAUGGCAAGCCAGUCAGCGGCUCUUCUGUCCAGAACAAAACACCAGUGUGUUCAGGAAACUUCCGUGAAUUUAUGGGAACUCAUGCUGGGACAAGUGGAUUGUCAGGGUCAGUAACCGAUAAGCCACCGGGACCUCCAAGCUCUGGCAGAAAAGUCUCUUUCCGUUUCUUUCUCACCCUCAAUCCAGAUGAUGGCUCCAAACCCACACCAACCAUGGAGACACAUGUUGUCCCAGAAGAGAUUACAGCUCCAACGUUGUGGAUUAAGCAGCUGGUGUACAAAGAGAACAAACAGAACAGUUCAAACAGUAGGAAGUCAGGUUACUGCUGGUGUGUGCUGGUGGACACUGGGAGACCCAUACCUGGAACCUCUGCGAGGUAUAAGAAACCAGAAUGUGACAGUACGGCUCGUUCUCGAGACUCAGACAUGGAAGAUCCUUUUAGAGACAGAGAUCUGGCAGGGUGUCCAGAGGGAAAGAAAGUGGAAUUCAUAACCAGCCUGUUGGAUGCCCUUACUACUGACAUGGUGCAGGCUAUCAACUCACCAGCCCCCUCUGGUGGUGGGAGGUUUGUUGAGCCUGAUCCAAGCCACACACUGGAGGAACGGGUGGUUCAUUGGUACUUUGCCCAGCUGGAUAAUAAUGGCAGUCACGAUAUCAAUAAGAAGGAGAUGAAGCCCUUCAAGCGCUAUGUAAAGAAGAAAACCAAACCCAAACGAUGUGCAGACAUUAGAUUUUCCCCUCGGGAAGUUUACUCUUAG